CGCUACCAUUGCAGCGCCUCCCUUUUCCCUUACUCGUCGUCUCGAAGCGUGGCAAGUUGCUUCACGGACACCUUUUCCAACGACGUCUGGCCGCGUUGCCGGCGGCUGGAAAUGCCCCUCAUCAUCACGAAUUAGUGGCCACCAUCGACGAGACUGCGCCAAGAUCCUAACGACGAAGCGGCGGCGACAACGGCGACGGCGACGAUCACGACGACGACGACGACGACGACGACAUAGAGGUCAGUGAAGCGACGAUCGGCCAGCGACGAGCGACGAGCGACGACGGCCUCGACGACGACGAUGUCUCACAAGCCAGCAUCACACAUACGACGCAACGAAGGCCAGCCAUCAAGCUUCAUACGCUCUCAUCGCAGCGAGAAUUCUUUUGCAGGCUUCUCGAUCGAGGCCAGCAUUGGCAUCGCCUCGGAAUCGAGAAUGCCCUCCCACAUGUUCGGACGCUCCAACGGCGGUGGAGGCAGUCGCAAGCCCUCUACGUCCGUCAAGUCGCCCUACACAAAUUCGUCGCCGCCCACCAUUGCGACCGACAACUUCUAUGGCAACAGCAGCGGCACCACGCCCCUCACCAAGCCGCCAACACUAGCAUUGACCCACCAACCGCCGAGUGGCAGCAGCAGCAGCAGCAGCAGCAGCAGCAGCAGUCGACGGCCUUCUAAGCCACUGUCGGGGAGAAUCUCAGGCGGGCGCUCGCAGCUAGAUCCUCGUGAAGCGCAGCAACCUCGCCAACCGCAGCCUCUCGACUUUCGACCCCAGCAUCGUGAUGCCCGAGGACAGCACCGCCCGCAAGAGUCGCGCGGCCAUGACCCUGGCUCGGCAAUUACCUUUGACGACGACGAUGAGAGCGAAGAUGAUCGCCGGGCUACCACGUCGCACGCUCAUUCUGCCCCAUCGUCAUCUCCCUCGCUCAACCUCAAACGCAGUCGAGCUCCCGUCCACAGCCGCUUCUCAGACGACGACCAGGAGGAGGAAGAGGACCGACCGGCAAAGCGCGGCAACUUCUCUCGCUCUUCGCCCUUUGGCAGCGAGUCGAGCAGAGAUCCAAUGGACAUUCUACCCACACCGACCGACACUCGCCCCUCCAAGCGUCGCGCCAUGCUAGGCAAGGAUCCAGCUUCCACCCAGCGGCGGAAAGAACCGGAGUCGCCGACGAAUCCACCUCGCAGCAAGACAGUGUCCCUCUCCAUCGUCGCCGUCGAAGUUGCCGGCAAGGCAACCAUUCUACGCCACCAGAGUCCGAGAAUCAUGCGUUCCUCAGCAGACCCUUCGCUCCGUCUGACGUGGGUCGAUCUCGACGGGGCAACUGUCGCCAUCAACGUCGCCGACCUGUUUCGCGUCUUUGCACCUCGUCAGAUGGCGACUCGAGGAGCUCCUUUUCUGGGCAUACAGACUGAACCUGGGACGGCCACGACUCGCCAGCUCCAAAAGCGCCUCAUCCACUACGAUCCUAAGCAGUCGGGCCCACACCCGCCCAUGGUCUUAUGGGGCAACGAAGAGGACAGAGGCGAGUGGUAUGCGCUUGGCAAGGCCAUCUCCAUGCAGGCCUCGAAGAGCUGCUCAGUUGAGUUCCUCGACGAGAAUGCUGCGGAGCGCGCGCUGGGCACGCUAGAUCAGGUACUCAGCAAAAAGGAGCAAGCGGCCAAGAAUGUCGAGCAGCGCAGAGCCUCUCAGUCACCCAAGAUGGCGACGAGCAAGACGUUUGCUCCGCCGGCGGACACUUCGCGUAGCAAGGCGAUGCAGCCUCGUGCUCGUCCUCGUAGUCCGCGCAGCGAGAGUGUAGACUCCAAUUCUCCGCCGACGGCGUUGGACUUACUCAGGAGGACGUCUGCGUCCGCGUCUGCGUCUGCGAAUCGAGAGGAAGGCAGCCCUGCCGCUGGCCCUAGCAACGCAGCCACCUACGGUAGUCGGAACAGCGCACGCAGGGCAUCAGCCAGGCUCGGUGGCAACUCACUCAAGCUGUCAGAGAGGGAGGAAUCCCCUUCUGGCAUCCUGCCAAGCCGUCCCACUCGGACCACCGACUCGAUGAAGCUGCGCUACCCAAUCGAGGGGCCAGGGUCGGUCUCGGUAUUCGAGUCGGACUGCGACCGCCUCCUCGACGGCGAGUUCCUCAACGACACCAUCGUGGAGUUUGGCCUCAAGUACCACCUCAAUGCCAUCAAGAAGCAACGCCCUACCCUCUUCGAGAACCUCUACGUCUUCAAUUCCUUCUUCUACCGUCAGCUGCACCAGACCAAGAAGAGCGUCGCCGAUUGCUACCAGCAGGUGCGCAAGUGGACGUCCAAGAUCGACAUCUUUGCCAAGGACUACCUCGUCAUCCCGAUCAAUGAGAAUCUGCACUGGUACUUGGCCAUUGUGGUGAAUCCAGGGGCUGCAUUAGAAGCUCGCGACUCGUCCGCCGAGCCUCGCGAGAUGACACCUCCGGCCGGAGCCACGCGGUCGAAGGCGAUGUCGGGGAGGGUUUCAAUCACGAGGGGUAAUCGAACGAUCAACUCGGACGCAUCCGAUGGCGAGGCAGGGCCGAGCACGAAUGACGCGCGACCGAGCACCAGCAACGGCCCGAGCACCAGCGUCGGCAAAGCGACGGCCAUAGACAGCAGGGCUUCCACUCCGGGCGGCGGAGGAGAUGGACCGCGCUCGGAGACUGCUGCUGCAAUUGCACGAUCAUACUCAGCGCUCACGAUCGGCGGCGACCGCGACCGCGACCGCGCUGGCAGCGAUGAUGAGAUCGAGAGCGAGCCAAGCGCGGCCGCAGCCACUCGUCUACCUUUUGCACAGGGCGAGAGCGCGGACUCCAUCGAGAUGACGUCGCAGGAGGGGAAACGCGGCACUGACAGCGAUGAGAUCCAAGACUCUCUACCGUCGAAGUUCCCCUUUGCGGGUGGCAUGCUCGCGGGGCAGACGACGCUUGGCGAGCCUACCGUCCUCGACCUCGGUGCAGUCAACCAUCCUGUCAUUGAUCUGAGCAACACGCAGGAGGGAGAUGAGAGCAGUCACGAUGUGGACAUGGUCGACGGCUCGUCGAAUAUCGCCAAUCGCGGGCGUGGCUCGCUAGUCGGAGGAGGAGACGCAAAGAGGCAGCCGAUGAGGAUUGUGCCCGGCGAGUCGAUGCAGAGAGCGAUGUCAUUCUCGCCGCCCCUCGCGCCAGUGUCAAACCCUGUACCGAGUGGUCGUCCUCGACCUCGUCCUUCCGUCAAUCACCCUGGCGCCGGAUCAAGGAACAACAACGCAGCGGGCGGGGCGAGAGCCAACGCAGCCAGUGGUGCGAGAGCCAGCGCAGCGAGCAGCUCGCGCAUGAUCAUCGACGUCGACUCGCGCGCUCGAUCUCCACCAAUGUCCUCGACCCCUCGCACCUCGCCCAACGUCACCAAACCUGCUCCGGCACCGCGCGGCAAGAACGCCAAACGCGCCGAGGAGGUGGCGCAACGCCUUCGCGGCCAGCUCAAGGAGGACCUCGUCGUCUUGACCUUCGACUCGCUGGGCGGUACGCACCCCUCGGUCACCAAGGCGGUCAAUGAGUACCUGCGCUGUGAGGCUCUGGACAAGCGCAAGAUCCACAUCACACCGCAGGCCAAGGCCGUCUGCGUCGCCGUGCCGGAGCAGAGCAACUUUUCCGACUGCGGUCUAUACGUGCUACUAUACUUCGAACGCUUCUUCCGCAAUCUCCAACAGUUCAAGGAGCAGAUUAUCCCAGAGAAGGACAAGAGCAGCGAGCUGUGGGGCGCCGAGAGUGCUUCCAAGGCCCGCAAGGAGUGGCGCAAGCGCAUUGAGGAGCUUUCGGUCGAGUGGAAGAAGAAGAAGGAGGCGGACGAUGCGGCUGCGGAGGCGAAGGGUGGGGAGGGGGGUGCGGAGGAAGACGACGAUGAUGGGUUCGAGGAGGCGGGUGCGCCGCAAGAGAGCGCAAAAGCCGGGAAGGCUGCGGAUGAGAGGGCUGCGGGCGAGGAGGGCAAGGUUGAGAAGUCUACGCAAGAGGGGUCGAGCAAGGCGGCAGACGAUGACGCGGGCGCGGCCCCCGCGAACGCUGAGCAAGCGGACAAGAGUGCGUCUGCGUCUGCGCCUGGCUCGUCGAUCGACAGCACCCUCGAAGCCGAGCUGGCGAGGAUCGAAUCUGGCUAGCGGCUAGCUCGCGUAUCUCCACACAUCUGUACUAUUACAUGGUCAUACGAUCUUGAGUCCAUUCUACGCUGACGU